CACGACGAGGCGAGGCAUCGCGAGACGAAAGGAAAAUCGACCGCACGGCGCACACGCGACCCAAGAUGUCCGCUCGCUCCACGUUCAAGCAGGAGCACCCCCUCGACAAGCGCCAGGCCGAGGCCCAGCGCAUCCGCACCAAGUACCCGGAGAGGAUCCCGGUCAUCGUGGAGAGGGCCGAGAAGAGUGACAUCCCCGACCUCGACAAGAAGAAGUACCUCGUCCCCGCCGACCUCACCGUGGGACAGUUCGUCUACGUCAUCCGCAAGCGCAUCAAGCUCUCGCCGGAGAAGGCCAUCUUCGUCUUUGUCAACAACGUGCUGCCGCCCACCGCGGCGCUCAUGUCGUCCAUCUACGAGGAGCACAAGGAGGAGGACGGCUUCCUCUACAUCGCCUACAGCGGCGAGAACACCUUCGGCGGCCUCGAGGAAACGGCGUGAGGCGAAAACCGCGGGAUCGAAGACGACGAACUGAAUAGGAGGGUGUGAGAGGGGCGCGGUCGUCGCGCGAGCGGGGGUGCGAGAGGCUUCGACCCGCCGGGCCUCGGAGGAGUUGAGCCCGGGGGUCGGAGGCGUCAAACACCAACGCGAGCGCCGCCGCGAUUUUGCGUCGCGCCGCGUCGAGCCGGAGACGGCCCGAACGUUAUGCGCGCGCGCUGUACUAGCUAGUAGGCAUUGGAUUCGUUGUACCAGUAUAACAGACCGGGAUGGACGCGUCUCGCUCCUUCAC